AUGCACGUCUAUAAGAAGACUCUACAGGCACUCAUCUAUCCCAUCAGCAGCACCACACCCCACAACUUCGUCCCAUGGACGGCAACAUCACCUACCUACUGUUACGAGUGCGAGGGUCUCCUGUGGGGCAUUGCCAGGCAGGGAGUCCGGUGUACCGAGUGCGGAGUAAAGUGCCACGAGAAGUGUAAAGAUCUACUUAACGCCGAUUGCCUUCAAAGGGCCGCUGAAAAGAGUUCCAAACACGGAGCCGAAGACAAAGCCAACAGCAUAAUCACAGCCAUGAAAGACAGGAUGAAACAACGUGAACGGGAAAAACCAGAGAUAUUUGAACUGAUCCGUGAAUGUCACAAUUCUUCUGACAGAAUCAAAGUAAGAGUGUGGGACGAAGACAAUGACUUAAAGAGCAAGCUGAGGCAGAAGUUAACAAGAGAGUCUGAUGAUUUCUUGGGUCAAACUAUAAUUGAGGUACGCACAUUAUCAGGUGAGAUGGACGUCUGGUAUAACUUAGAGAAACGAACUGAUAAGUCAGCAGUAUCUGGUGCUAUUCGGCUUCACAUAUCGGUAGAGAUUAAGGGAGAAGAAAAGGUGGCGCCUUAUCACGUUCAGUACACCUGCCUUCACGAAAAUCUCUUUCACUAUUUAUGCGAACAGAACAGCGGCGUGGUAACUCUACCGGAAGUGAAAGGGGACGAUUCGUGGAAAGUUUAUUUCCACGACGCGGCCGAGGAGAUCGUGGACGAGUUUGCUAUGAGAUACGGGAUUGAGUCGAUCUAUCAAGCCAUGACUCAUUUUCACUGCCUUUCAACAAAAUAUCUCUGCCCAGGAGUACCCGCCGUUAUGAGUACUCUGCUAGCAAAUAUCAAUGCCUACUACGCACAUACGACAGCAUUAUCAGCUAAAGAAAAAUUCGUCAAACUGUUGGAUCAGCUGCACAACUCAUUGCGUAUAGACCUCUCGAUGUACAGAAACAACUUCCCAGCAUCAAGCGCCGACAAACUGAAAGAUCUAAAGUCGACCGUCGAUCUCUUGACCAGCAUCACAUUCUUCCGAAUGAAGGUCCAGGAGCUGGCUUGCCCACCUAGGGCUUCGACAGUGGUAAAAGACUGCGUGAAGGCGUGCCUACGGUCGACGUAUCAAUUCCUGUUCGAAAAUACUUACGAGCUUUACAAUAGGGAGUUUCAAGCAGAUCCGAAUGAACCGAAGAGAGAUCCAGAUGAUCAUGGACCGAGGCUGGAUAGCGUCGAUUUUUGGCAUAAGUUGAUAGCGUUGAUUGUGUCUGUUAUAGAAGAGGACAAGAAUAGCUAUGGUCCUGUGCUGAAUCAGUUUCCACAAGAACUUAAUAUUGGACAGCUCUCUGCAGCCACGAUGUGGAGCUUAUUCGCCGUGGACAUGAAGUACGCUUUAGAAGAACACGAGCAACAUCGGUUAUGUAAAUCGUCUGCGUACAUGAAUCUACAUUUCAAAGUAAAGUGGUUGUACUCCAACUACGUAAAGGACGUACCCCCUUACAAGGGUGCUGUGCCUGAGUACCCGGCGUGGUUUGAACCAUUCGUGAUGCAGUGGCUGAAUGAAAAUGACGACGUGUCACUUGAGUAUUUACAUGGUGCCUUUAAUAGAGACAAGAAAGAUUGCAAAAGCAGUGAGCAUGCGUUGUUUUCUAAUUCCGUGGUUGACGUAUUUACGCAACUUACGCAAUGCUUCGACGUCGUUUCCAAACUGGAAUGUCCAGAUCCUGAAAUUUGGAAGAGGUAUAUGAAGAGGUUUGCCAAAACUAUAGUAAAAGUGCUAAUUGCAUAUGCUGAUAUUGUGAAGAAAGAGUUCCCCGAACAUCUGAAGGAAGAGAGGAUAGCAUGUAUACUAAUGAACAAUAUCCAGCAACUGAGAGUGCAAUUAGAAAAAAUGUUUGAAUCUAUGGGCGGAGAUAAACUCGAAGAAGAUGCUGCGAAUAUCUUGAAGGAACUGCAACAAACUCUUAACGGCAGUCUGGAUGAACUAGCGCAACAAUUUGCAUGCAGGCAAGUUAUUUAUUUGGAGCACCGAAUAACAGUAAGCGUGAAAGAACUCGCCGAUCUGCUAUUGGCUAUAAAGGGAGGAGGUCAGCCAGGCCAACUGAAUCAACCGGCUCAGAGGAACGCCGUCGCAGUCGAAGCUGACGAAGUCCUUAGGCCGUUGAUGGAUCUCUUGGAUGGUUCUCUAUCGCUGUACGCUCAGUCGUGCGAGAAAACCGUACUCAAGAGGCUGCUUAAGGAAUUGUGGAAAAUUGUAAUGAGGAUACUAGAAAAGACUGUUGUGCUACCUCCAAUGACAGACAAAACGAUGAUGUUCAAGAGUUUAACAGACAACGCCAAGAACCUAGCAGCGAACACAAAAAUAGAAGACAUGUCCAAACUCUUCAAGAACCACAUGACGGGCAAGCAAGACGUCAAAAACGCUCUCAGCGGGGUGAUGGACAUAUCCAAAGAAGUCGAGAAGAACUUAUCUCCCAAACAGUGCGCGGUACUUGACGUGGCGUUGGACACUAUCAAGCAGUACUUCCACGCUGGAGGAAACGGACUGAAAAAAGCCUUUUUGGACAAAAGUCCAGAAUUACAAAGCCUUAGAUAUGCUUUGUCUUUGUAUACGCAGACCACUGAUACGCUUAUCAAGACUUUUGUUACUACUCAACUCAAUGAAGAUAAUAUAGACGGACUUGAAGGUAGCGUUGGUGAGGUAUCGAUUCAGGUGGAUUUGUUUACACAUCCUGGAACUGGAGAACAUAAAGUCACAGUAAAAGUUGUGGCGGCCAAUGAUUUGAAAUGGAAUCUGGUGUCAGGCAUGUUCCGACCUUUCGUCGAAAUCAAUCUCAUAGGACCACACCUAGCCGAUAAGAAGAGGAAACAUGCAACAAAAUCCAAAGCCAACAACUGGUCACCUAAAUAUAAUGAAACGUUUAAUUUUAUUAUUGGUAAUGAGGAACAAUUGGACUGUUUCGAGUUGCAUAUUUGUGUAAAAGACUAUUGCUUCGCUAGAGAAGAUAGACUGGUUGGUGUGGCUGUUAUGCAGCUCAAAGACAUCGUCGAAAAAGGCUCGUGUGCUUGCUGGCUGUCACUGGGUAAGAGGAUCCAAAUGGAUGAAACCGGCUGGACGAUUUUAAGGAUUUUGUCUCAACGCACAAACGACGAAGUCGCCAAGGAAUUUGUCAAACUGAAAUCCGACAUCCGACAAGAAAAUCCUCUUCCAAAUUAG